CCUCACCAGCUGAUGAAGAGCCAAAGUAGGAUGUCAGCUGAUGCCCCAAUCUUUGCAACACAGCACUAGAAAUGAGGUCGAGGAGGGGAGAAUCAGAGACUUGAGAGAACGAAAGUGUGUUCAAGACCUAAAAAAUAAAGAGAUACAUUUUAUUUGUUUUGGUUAUUUGAAGAACGAGGAGUAAAGAAGAGAGGAAAAUAUGCGUUUUAUGCUCCCCAGUUGGAUUUAAUUUAAGUCCUCAUUAGACUCCCUGCUACAGCAACAAAGUACGACAAACGUGCAGACAUGGACCUCGGUGGUUUGGAGACGGUGGUGGCAAACUCCGCCUAUGUUUCAGCCCGUGGUUGCGUGGAUGGAUCAUCGGCAGCAGCCAUGCGUGACAAGAAGAUGCGGGCCAGGCUGAAGCUCCCACACAUCAGAGACUGUGAACACAUGAAAACAUCUGUAGACUCAACCUUUGACAGCAUGUGUAUCAAACAGCCCAUUGGCAAGCGCCUGUUCCAACAGUUUCUAGAGAGUGAUGCAACCUAUAAAAAUGCUGGAGAGCUGUGGAAAGACAUCGAAGACUACACCAUGUGUCAAGAAAAGGAGAGAGAGCAGAAGGCCCAAAAAAUUGUUAAUAAAUACUAUAAGUCCGCUUCAAAGAAUUUUUGCAGCUUCCUGGAAGAGAAGGCCGUCACUCGAGUUGUUGAGGACUUCAAGAAUGUCCGUGGUGACCUGUUUAAAGAGAGCGAGAAGCAGCUGCUCAAACACCUGGAGAAGGCCACAGAUAGCUUUAAGAACAGCAUGUACUUCCUGCGUUAUGUUCAGUUCAAAUGGCUGGAGAGCCAGCCUGUUGAUGAGGAGUGGUUUAAUGACUUUAGGGUCCUGGGUAAAGGAGGUUUUGGGGAAGUGUUUGCUUGUCAGGCUAAAGCAACAGGUAAAAUGUAUGCCAACAAGAAGCUGGAGAAAAAGAGGCUGAAGAAACGCAAAGGCUAUGAGGGAGCAAUUGUGGAGAAGCGCAUUCUUGCAAAGGUUCACAGCCGCUUCAUUGUGUCGCUGGCUUACGCCUUCCAGACCAAGACUGACCUCUGCCUAAUCAUGACCAUCAUGAAUGGUGGAGACCUCAGGUUUCAUAUGUAUGACGUGGAUGAAAAGAAUCCUGGUUUUGAUGAGAAGAGAGCAUGUUUCUACACAGCUCAGAUCAUCUGUGGGGUAGAGCACCUUCACCAAAACAGGAUAAUCUACAGAGACCUGAAACCAGAGAACGUACUGCUGGAUGACGCAGGACACGUUCGCCUGUCCGAUAUGGGUCUGGCUGUUGAACUUCCGCCAGGAAAUGACAAAACUACUGGAUAUGCAGGAACUCCAGGUUUCAUGGCUCCAGAGCUGCUCGAGAAGAAGGAGUAUGACUACACGGUGGACUAUUUCACCCUGGGGGUCACCCUGUAUGAGAUGAUUGCCGCCAAAGGGCCCUUUCGAGUACGAGGAGAACAGGUUGAGAAUACCGAGGUAGCUCGUAGAAUCUUGAACGAUCCAGUUUCAUACACACCAGCCUUCAGCAAAGAUUGCAAAGAUAUCUGUGAAGGCCUGAUGCACAAGGACCCUGCAAAACGCCUCGGGUUCAAAAACAACGAGUGCGAGGAUCUCAAGAACCAGCCCUUCUUCAAAGACAUUAACUGGGGCCGUCUGCAAUCAGGUUUGCUACCGCCACCAUUUGUCCCUAGUGCUACAACCGUCUACGCCAAAGAUAUAAGUGAUGUGGGCGCCUUCAGCACUAUCAAAGGUAUUGUCCUGGACAACACUGACUCUGAGUUCUACAAUGACUUUGCUUCUGGCAACAUCCCGAUCCCAUGGCAGGAAGAGAUGAUUGAGACGGGUGUGUUUGGAGAGAUGAAUAUCUGGGGAGAGAAGGGAAAACUGCCCAAUGACCUUGACCCGAACUACGUGGAAACCAAAGGUGGAGGAUGUGUUCUGCUUUGAGUUGCAACAAAUGGAAUGUGGAGUAUUUC